AUGAGCACUCCGUCGGAAGGAACGGAGAUACGACAACGAAGCCUAGCAGAUGAGUUGAAUAUCAAGUCGAAAAAGCAGACUAAUGCCGAUCUUCGAGCCACAUCCGAUGAAAGUGAUUUGGAUCAAUUUUUCAAAGACGAGGACGGAAUUGGUGAGCGCACAAAGAUGUUACCACAAGGAAGUGAUCACAUGGGAUCCUUGAUCGACCCUCUACUACAACAUUUAGACCCAAGAUGGCGAAACUGGGUUGUUCGAGGAGUGUUCACCAUUGUCAUGAUCUCGCUUUUCACUUUAAUCGUUAGUAGAGGACCAACGUGGCUAAUGUUUCUGGUACUGGCAUAUUAUUACGGCGAGAUAAUUUCCUACACUUUCUGGUUGUGCCAACCUUGUUUGCUUGGACACAUGUUUUUGGUUCCGGUGGCGUUGGUUAUUUGCUGUGAUGUAAUGUCAUACAUGUUCGGCUUCUUUUGGGGAAAGACGCCAUUGAUCAAGUUGAGUCCGAAGAAGACAUGGGAAGGCUUUAUUGGCGGAGCUAUCAGCACAAUCAUCUUUGGCCUGCUUCUCUCAUACGCUAUGCUCCACUCUCCAUUUAUGGUUUGCCCUGUCGGUGAAUACACAGAGGAGAGCUCCAAUUGCACGAUUCCUCCUCCGUUCCAAUUGUAUGAAGCCGAACUUCCAAGACCACUUCCAUGGCUGAUGAGGCUUCUACGUGGAGUUCAAGUGGACAGUCUCAUUCUUGCGAGCAACGAUGAUUUAUGGGAGGUUGCCCGAAUUGUGGAUAUCGACAGGAAACAUUCGGAAAUGGCUGUGAAGAUUUUGCAAACGGGCAAAGAUGUUCGUGUACUUUUCUCACAGGCAGUACCGCUUCAUCCAUCGGAAGUCAAUACAGUUUCAUCGGAUGAAUCGCACGCAAUCGAGCCUCCUUCCGGUGAUUUCGAUGGGUCUAAUCAAUACACGGAAUUAAAGGCUCAAAAAUAUGGCAACGUCAGUGUGGGUGAGCUCGGUGAUUGGCACGGCGGAGGAUUUGGAUUGAAAUUAAUGCAAAAGAUGGGCUAUAAAUUGGGUGAAGGCCUUGGAAAGAAAAACGAUGGCAUUGUGCACGCGAUUCAAGCGGCCGUUCUACCAAAACAUAAAUCGCUUGACUAUGUGAUGGAGAAUAAAAAGAAAAUUCGGAAAAUCGACGGGAAAACUGCAAUGAAAGAGAGGAUAUCGAAGCAACAACAAAAUGUUUCCGGAAUUGAGGCCGACAUUUUUGCGUUCAUCAAUCGACAAUUCGAGACACUGAGAAACGAGGAGAAAGAUGACGGGAAAAUAAUGGCGAAAGAACGGCAGCAAUUGAGCGAGGCUUCCGAGAAAUCACUAGUGGCAACCGUGUUCGACAACGAAAAGAAAAUCAAGGAGCUCCGAUCGAAGAGAGCCAAACUUGAACAGGGUUUGAUACGAAACAAGGGUGAUAAAAAGACGUCGGAAAGACUGCAAACAGCUUUGGAUCAGGUAUGUCGUGAGAUACAAAAAGCCGAGGGCCAACAAACACGGGUGCAAAGCGAGCGGGAUGCUCGACAAAGGAAGAAAGAUUUAUUC